UUCUUUAAGUCACAUACAUACAAAUAUGGAUAUGACAAUAUCACCAAUAUAUAAGCUAUCUAUUCACGAGCAUCCUCUUUUCUUUUCAGCUAUGUUUAUUGAAAAGAAAUGUGAUGGCUGCCAGGUAAGAGAAAUGAUGUAUGGUAGCUACUAUUGCAACGAGCCUCGUUGUAAUUGGAGGUUCCAUAAAGACUGCGCGGAAUCCCCACUAGAGAUCAAUCAUCACCCUUCCCACCUUGAGCAUCCUCUCUUGCUCACUAGUCCAGAUGAUUCUAUUACUCCAUGUGACUUUUGUGGACAAUAUAUUUUGUCCACAUAUUAUACUUGUCCCACAUGUGAAUUCAAAGUGGAUUUGAUUUGUGGAACUAAACCCUCGCCGCUUGUUAUCAAACAUCCAGUGUGUCAUGACCAUACACUUGUGUUUUUGAAGAAACAAAUAGAGGAAUAUAAGGUCCCUUGUGAAGUAUGCAAGGAGUCUAUCGGUGGACCUUCCUAUUCAUGUCUUGAAUGCAAUAACGUGUACUUUCACUUGGAUUGUGUUCAUCUCUCAAAAGAGGUAGAUCAUAAUUGCCACUCUAGUCACUCCCUUAAGAUCAUGCCAUCUGAGUCAUUUAUAGAUGAUGAUGAUGCGCAUAAGAUUUGUCAUUUCUGUUUAGUUCAACCAGAAAAGGUGCUUUAUCAUUGUUCUAUUUGCAAUUUUACUUUGUGCCUUGAUUGUACUAAACGUCCACCACCUUUUGUUGUUGACAACGCCAAGACUCACACCCAUCCACUUAUGCUCUUUUCGAAAAAGAUCGUAUUUACUUGCAAUGUUGCUGGAAUUGAAUCUGAUAGCUAUAAGUCUUAUAUAUGUCUCAAGUGUGAUUUUGUUAUCACUGGAUCUUGUGUUGGCUUACCAAGCAUCAUAAACAUUAAUCGUCAUGAUCAUCGCAUCGCUUUUACGCAUCAUCUUGGCUAUAAGGGUGCAAAAUGUGGAGUUUGUCGGAAAAAUGUAAGUCAGUACUAUGGAGCUUAUUCUUGCGCGAUUUGCCCUGAGUAUGUAGUUCAUUCAAGAUGUGCAACUGAUUUUGAUGUAUGGAAUGGAAAGGAACUCGAAGGGAUACCUGAGACCAGCGAAGAUAUUGUGCCAUUUAAAGUGAUUGGUGAUAAUUUGAUACGUCAUUUCUUUCAUGAUAAACAUAUUUUACUGCUCUUCAAAAAUUAUGACAUGAUUGGUGACGACUACUACUACGAGAGGUUACGAUGUGAAGCAUGCGCCUCACAGAUCGGGUUUGGCCCAGUCUAUAGUUGUCAGGAAUGUCGUUUUUUUCUCCACGAAAAGUGUGCUCAUCUUCCUAUGAAGAAAAACCUUGUCUUUCGAACCACACCAUACAAGUUGGAGUAUCAUCAAAGCAAGGCUGUAUACUGUUACUUGUGUGAUAUGUUCUUUGGUGGUUUUACGUACGAACCACAAGGACCUUAUUUGGUAUGCGUCCCUGUAGAUGUACAUUGUAGUUCCAUCUCUGAGCCCUUCGUCCAUAAUGGGCAUUUGCAUCCCUUAUAUUUUGUUAUAACAAAUAAGGAACGUCGUUGCGAUGCAUGUUGGAGAGUUCCAGAUGGCUACUACAUGCUCACUUGUAGUGAUUGUGAUUUUGACUUGUGUUUGUAUUGUGCUACUUUGCCUGAAAAGAUAUGGCAUAUAAGCGAUGAGCACCCUAUCACUUUAUAUCAUGGCGGAAAGGAGGCGAUCAGCAAAAACUGGUGCGAAGUUUGUGAGAUGGAGUUAGAUUCAAGUAAAUGGUUCUUUACAUGUUCUGAUUGUGGAGUCACUUUUCAUGUUGGAUGUGUACUAGGAGACUUCUCACGUCUCACUCCAAACUGUUCUAUUCACCGAGGGGGAAAAGAACAUUUAGCGAAACUUAACCAUCAGAGCAGUCGGCCAUUUUGCAGACAUUGCCACGAUCGAUGCAAGGCCCCUGUCAUCUUGCAGGUCAAUGACGAACAUAGUGGAUACAUUUGCUCCCGUUCAUGUUUAUUGUGGUCUUGCUGAACUUGUCUGAGAAAAUAAUGUGCGACUGUUUUCUAGCGAGAAACUCUGGUUGGUUGGUUAUUUACUUGUUAAUUGAAAAACGCAAGUUAUGUAAUGUAUUUUUUCUUUUGUUAAAAAAUUAUGAUUCUCACUGUAAAUAAAUUCU